AUGGAAAGAAAUGGAACUUGUGUUCGCAACGCUCGUAUUGAAUGUCAAGAAUUUAAUCGAGAGAGAGAGUAUUUUAAAUUUAAUGAUAAAGUCCUAGUUAAUCCCGUUAACUCAGAUUGGAUAGAGAUUGAAAACAUGACUGAACAAAUCAUUAAUUCUUAUACAAAUGAAAAGGUUGAAGAUAUUACUGAUGAAACGGUCGUGGAUCAACUUCAAUCAAUAUCUGUUUCAUGGUCACCUUUAUGUAUUGAUGAAUAUUUCGAUCCUGUUUCGAUUAUAGCCAUUGGAAGUAAGGCUGGGACCGUUACUUUUUGGAGUUACAAUGAUGGGGUUAAUUUCCUUGAUUGCUUGCAAGCUCAUGAAACUUGGGUUACAAUUUCAGCUUGGUCACAAUGGAUUAGAUUGGAGAAUGAACAAUACGCAUCAAGUUUUGUAACAGGAUGCGUUGAAGGCUCAGUUUAUUUGUGGCAAGUGAACUUGUCAAAAGAUUUUUCUGAUAAUGAAAAUGAAAGGAAUUCAAUUUCUGUCACGUUACGUAUGGUUCUUGCGAAUGAAGAUGGACGUAUUGUUGAAAUUAUGAAAUGGUACGAUUCGGCGGAUGGAAGCGAAAGAUUUGCUAUGAUAAAAGGUCGUAAGAUCUAUGUAUGGAUUUCAGAUGAAUCGAUGUUACUCUACCAAACUCAAAUAAUUUCAUUGGAUUUCACGAUACCAAUGUCCAAAAUUGUUACAGGACUAACAUGGAGGUAUGAUGGAAGCCAGUUGCGUGUUUUCACAAUGGAUGGAAUUCAUUGGACAUUCAAUAUUUCCAAGGAGGAAGGAAUAUAUAUUGAUGAUGAAUUUUCAUUAAUAGAAGAAGCAAAAAAUCAAGAAGAGGCAGAAAAUGAUUCUUCAUUGAAAGAACCAAUUUAUUAUGGAGCCGACUCAUCUGCCAAUGGAUUAUUUGUCGCUGUUGUUUUUGUUUUAGAAUCUCGUACUGUACAAUAUCUUACUGACAAAUUUGAGGUUUCUCAUGUUACUUUUGUUGCUACCGAAAAUUAUGGAAACAUGGAAAUGCGUGAAACUUUAACUAAACAACUCUUGAAUAAGUUUGAAGAUUCAUUUUUAACUUGUAGAAAAUCAAUGACUUAUAUUAUGUGGGAUUUACUUGAAUACUGUGAUCCUGAAAAUGAAUAUUAUGAAGAUGAUUCUUUUUUUUCUAUAUUGGAGAAAGCUAUCAGAAAUGAUUACUUACAACAAUCAACUAUGCCAGAUAGUUUACAGUUGUCAGAAACUGCGUAUUUUGGAUCAUUGUUUAACUUGGAAACAAAUGAAUUAUCAUUACCUGGAUUAAUUAAAAGGUUUAAGAGUCAGCUGUAUCAUAACACCUUGUUGAAUAAACUGAGAAUCCUUUUGCAUCUUUAUAACAACACUUUGCGGUUAGAAUUUACUGGAGAUGAAAGUAUCGAGAUUCAGAAUAAAGUCCAAUAUGAAGUUUCAACCCUAAUAAAAUAUUUUUUGGAAAAGGUAUUAGAUACCAUUGCAAAUUGUCUUCAAAGGGGUUUAAUUGUUAAUGAACGAGAUCAAAUAUUUAUAUUAAAUUUAUGCGACUGGGUAUUAAUAUAUAAUCGGACCGAAGAAAAUUUAUUAAACUAUGCAAAGAUUAUUUAUGAAUGCUUAAAUGGUUUACAAGGAAAUGAAACAAAACAAAUAUUUAGGGAUUUGGAUUAUGAAAUUAAUUGGACAGUCAAGUUUAUUUCGUCUAAAAAAUUUUCAAAAACGAGAAAAUUAAAGAUACCUGCAAGAGAAUCUUGUCCGCUGUGUCAAAAAAAUAUCCUUUUUUUGUUAAUUUAA